GUCGAGUGACACGGGUAUGCUAUUCCACAUGUGUACAGUGGAAAGAUGGCGCCGGUGUUACAAGAACCAGAGAUACAGUUUGCACAAAGAUUGGCAUCAAAUGAAAAGCCCAUCCGUACCAAGGCCAUCAAGAAGCUAAGAAAGUACCUUAGCGUUCGAUCGCAGAAACCCAAAGGUGGGUUCACCAUUGAUGAGCUGCUGAAAAUAUGGAAGGGCCUAUUCUACUGUCUGUGGAUGCAGGACAAGCCACUGCUACAAGAGGAGCUCUCGACUCAGAUAUCCAACCUGAUCCAUUCCUUGCAGAACAUAGACAGCCAGUUUCUGUUUCUGGAGAGCUUCCUAAUGACGAUAAACAGGGAGUGGAAUGGUAUUGACAGACUGCGCAUGGACAAAUUCUACGCGCUCGUGCGUUUUGUGUUCAGGCAGAUGUUUGAGAUGAUGAAGAGGAGAGGCUGGGAAGCAGGAGUGGUAGACAGGUUCACGGAGCUCCUGUCGGCUCAGAUCCUGCGCAGCACCAGCGGCGCUCCCGUGGGAGUGCAGCUCCACGUCCUCGACAUCUACAUGGCCGAGCUGGCUGGGGUCGGGGCUGCGGAGCUCACAGCAGAACAGAACCUCACGUUCAUCGACCCGUUCUGCAAAACGGCAGCGAAGACGAAGGAUCAUGUGCUACUGCAGGCCAUCUCUAGCAGUAUAUUCCAUGAGAUUGUGGAUCAGGCCCCCUUUGCCAUAGAAGACCUCAUGAGGGAGGUGCGCAAGGGAGGUGGAGGAGAGUCUGACUCUGACCAGGAGCAGGACGUGGAGAGUGAGGAAAACAAGAGGAGACCCGUUCCCAGCAAGGCAGGGAACACCAAAGGAAAGCGAGUUAAUGGCAUCAGAGCUGCUGCAGAAGAUGAAGAUGAAGAUGAAGAGGAUGAUGACUUGUUGGGUUUGGAGGAGGACGCUGGUGUGCCCCAGGGUGAUGAUGGCAUAGGGCCAGUGCUCCAGUUUGACUACAGUGCCCUGGCAGACAGGCUGUUUGAGCUGGCCAGCCGCAGCAACACGCCCAGUUUUAACAGGAAGCGGCUCUACAAGGUGAUCAAGAUAUUCCGUGAUCUGAGCGAAGGGGUGUUCCCACAGGAUGAGUACCCUGAAGAGGUCUCGACAGACGAAGACGACGAUGAGAUGUUUGGCAGCCGGAAGAGGUUGAGAAAGAGGAGGAGAAACAGGGAGGAAGAACCUGAGGAGGAGGAGGAGGAGGGAAGUUCAGCGGCAAAGAAACGCAAAGACAAAAAGAAGGAGGUCAAGAAACCAUCCGAUAAGCAGCAGAACACUGUGACUGGACUGUCGAAACCUGCUACCAGUCCAGCAGAAACACAGAGCGACACUACCACCAAGAAAAAGAAAAAGAAGAAGAAGAAGAAGAAGGCAGGAGAAGCUAAGGCUGGAGAAGAGGGCAGUGGGGAGACAGAGCAGUCAGAGGGGGAGAAGGUGUCCGCUGAGGGCGUCUCAGAAACACAAGAGAAAAUGGAUGCAGGGUCGGCGCGCCCUGCAGUAGCAACAGCGCCCUCUAGCACCAAGGAGACAGACACACAGGCAGCUAGCACCGCCCCAGCAGAGUCCACCAGUAAUGGGAAGGUAGCAGAGCAGGGCAAUAGGACAGUGCAGGAGGACAAGGGAGAGAAGUCAUCACCUCAUAGAGGAACCUCCGAGAUGCCAACGGAAGCCCAGAACGGUGCAGUCGCAGGUGCAGAAGCCCAAACGAAGGUGGACACAGUGAGUCAGACCCAGACGGAGACCCUCUCCACCAAAAAGACGAAGAAGAAGAGUAAGAAGCAGAAGACGGUCACACAGGAGGAAGGAGUGGUGCUGGAGCUAAAACCUGACGCAGAGGUGGAAGGAGCCGAGCCCAGGGGCCCGUCGUCAGCAGCAGGAGGAGCGGAAGGCGAAGAGACCCAACCUGCUGUGGUGGAGGAAGGUGGGGACAUAGAUGGAGUGGCUACAACACCCACAUCCUCAGGAGCCAAGAGGAAGAAGAACAGGAAGAAGAAGAACAAAGAGGAGCCCGAGCAGGCAGAGGAGCGGCCCACCGAGGGCGAGGCCGAAAGCUGCGCAGAUGAGCAGCCAGGGGACAGCAGCUCUGCUGCGCAGCUCAAGAAGACUAAGAGGAAGAAGAGGAAGAUGGCUGCCGAAGAGGGCGCGGUGGCUGAGGGGGAGAUGGUCCACGUAAACGGACACACGGAUGAAGCAGGGGGCAAGAAGGCCAAACAGAGCACCGGAAAUGAAAUCCUCUCCACCCCUGUUAGUACCAGCAAGCCCCAGAAGAAGAAAAAAGUGGCGAGCCAGUCUGAGACAGGCUCUGAUUUUGUAACGUUCCAGAGCCCCUCCAUCCCUGCACCCCUGUUCUGCAGGAAGGCUAAAGGAAGUCCCAGCACACCUGUUACCAAAAAAAAGGUCUGCAGCACACCACAGUCUGAAUCCAAGAAGGUUACCUUCGGCCUGAAGAACAACAAGACCACAGAGUUUAGGAAGACUGACCGCAGUCUAAUGGUGAGUCCAGAAGGGUCCUCUCGUGUACCCUUUGACCCCCAGCAGAAGCCCCGGGUCGGCGUGCUAAAGUCUCCUGCGAGGCCCCUGGUAAUGAGUAGCAAGACCAACAGCGCCACCAAGGGAAGGCCCAAAGCCUCUGAUUUCUUCUAGAUCUCACUCCUGAGAGACUUACCACUUCUACAGACUAUUUUGUGUUUGACAGCUUUUCCGGAGAAAUAUUGACAUGGACCCUUAUAUCAGUGGGGAAAGAAAGAUGAGUUUAAUAACCUUUCUAUGUUCAGUCUUGUUUUGUUAGCAAACAUUUCAAUAA